AUGGAUCCUACUGCCAGAUAAUCAGAAAAUUAAGAAAAAUUAAUUGUUAUAAACCGGUCCUAAAACAUCAGAUUGAUAAAACACACAUUUUAGCUAUUUAUAAUUAUAGAAAUUCUUGUUAUAAUAAGUAAGUACUUUUUUUCAUAUAGCUUAAAUUUUUAUGUUGUCAUAUUAUAAGCUUUAUACUCCUUAUAAAUUAGAAGCUAAUAAAUUGUGGAUCUCUUUUUAUUAUAGUUGUUAAGGAGAUAAUUGCUUUCAUAAUAAGUAUAAAUAUAUUAAUUAAGCAAUCUGUGUUCGAAUGUUUCAACAUCAGAAUAAUAUCCAAUGGAUCAUUGUUUGAAAUCUUAAGAUUUUNUAUUUAUUAUAAUCAAUAUAAUUUAAAUGUUUUGA